AUGCAUAAAAGUCUUUUGUGUGGAGACAGNGAGACUCUCCAAGUAAAAGGUCCUUGGACUUUGAGCGACAGGAAGGCCAAGUUUGGAUACGACUUUUGGUACCAGCCGAGCCAUGAUGUUCUUAUCUCUACUGAAUGGGGGGUCCCGAGGAUUUUUAAAAAGGGAUUUGGACCUGGACAGAGCUCUAAUCCGGAUAUUUAUGGAAGAAAUUUAAAUUUUUAUUCUUGGACAAAACGCAGCCUCGAGCAAGUUAUUGAUCUAGGUGAAGAAGGAAUCGCGCCGCUAGAAGUCAGAUUUCUUCAUGAUCCGCUGGCAAGUGAAGGGUUUGUUGGGUGUGCUGUCUCGUCAAAUAUAUUUAGAUUUUAUAAAACCGAUGAUGGUAAAUGGGCCGCCGAUAAAGUUAUUGAUGUUCCGGAAAAAAAAGUCGAUGGAUGGAUGGGUCCAACAAUAUCUGGAAUGAUUACCGACAUUCUGCUGAGCCUAGACGACAAAUAUUUGUACUUUAAUAACUGGUUACACGGUGACGUAAGACAGUACGAUAUUUCAGACCGGAAAAAUCCUCGAUUAGUUGGUCAAGUAUUCUUAGGCGGCUCGAUACUGUCUGACUCAAAGAUCCGAGUUAUCGAAGACCGAGAGCUAUCGAGUCAACCUGAUCCAGUUGUUGUAAAAGGACGCAGACUCUACGGCUCUCCUCAGAUGCUUCAGCUGAGUCUCGAUGGUCGGAGGCUCUACGUGACUACUUCUAUUUUCAAGCCUUGGGAUAAGCAAUUUUAUCCUGACCAUGUCAAAAAUGGGUCAACUAUGGUGAAGCUUGACGUCGACGUUGAGAACGGCGGACUUAAGCUAGAUCCUGAUUUUUUGGUGGAUUUUGGAGAAGAAAAGGAUGAUAUUCUUCUUGCUCAUGAAAUGAGAUAUCCUGGUGGAGAUUGUACUUCAGACAUCUGGCUUGCAGACUCCUAAAUUCUAAUCUUGUAUUAUGUAACUCUUCUAUUUUCCUACACAACCAAGUGCCAAAAUCUGAUUGUACGCAACCUUUAGAUAAAUAUAUCUUCUCAAAGCAAUACUAAA